AUGGGAAGUGGCAGCUCCAGUCACCACCAUUUUGUUCUCCAGAAGGCAGAGAGCGCCUUUAAGGCAGCAGUCCUGAUCCAGAGAUGGUACCGCCGCUAUAUUGCCCGCCUGGAGAUGAGGAGACGGUGUACGUGGACCAUCUUCCAGUCUAUAGAGUAUUCAGGACACCAAGAUCAGGUCAAGCUCCAUGAUUUCUUCAGUUACCUUGUGGAUCACUUCACACCGAGUAGCCAAAAUGAAAGGAACUUCCUUAGCUGUAUGUUCGCGGAGGAGAGACUCCUUAAGGACUCUGAGAUGGAAAAAUACUGUGACUAUGAAUCCAUAGAGGUGCCAGACUAUUACACCGGACCCCAUGUCUCCUUUCCUCUCCUUCCCGACCAUGCGACUGCCUUAGUGGAAGCUUUCAAACAGAAAAAACAGCUACACGCUCGUUAUGUCUUAAAUAUUCUGCACGAGGCCAGGAAAUAUCUCAUACAACUGCCAAACAUCAACCACAUCUCAACCUGUUACAGCGAGGAGAUCACUGUGUGUGGAGAUUUACAUGGCCAGCUGGAUGACUUAAUAUUCAUAUUUUACAAGAAUGGUCUUCCAUCUCCUGAGAGAUCGUAUGUGUUCAAUGGUGACUUUGUGGAUAGAGGCAAACACUCAAUUGAAAUUUUGAUGAUUCUCUUUGCCUUCAUGUUGGUUUACCCAAAGGAGUUCCAUUUAAACCGAGGAAAUCAUGAGGAUCAUUUAGUCAAUUUACGAUAUGGCUUUACCAAGGAAGUGAUGCACAAAUAUAAGGUAAAUGGCAAGAAAAUACUGAAGAUGCUACAAGAGGUUUUUUGCUGGCUUCCAUUGGCCACCCUUAUUGAUGAGAAAGUCCUGAUAAUUCAUGGUGGGAUUUCAGACAAGACGGAUCUAGAACUUUUGGAAAAACUAGAAAGGCACAAGAUAAUUUCCACCAUGAAGUAUACAAAGAAACUGCAGAAAAAGAUUGCGGCGGAGGAAAGCAGAAGUAGCCCAGCCUGGUUUCCCCUUAAAAGCCGCUCUGUGCCCUCCUCACCCCUGCGUCUGAGUCCUCACAAGGGAAGCAGGUCAGCCAGCAUCCCCUGUACCUUCACACCUGAUCGGAGAGAGAUCUCCAAGAAGGUCCGGCAGUCGGUGCAACUGGAGUUGAAGGAAGGCCAGCAGCAAAUGGACUUCUCCAAAUUCAAGGACAAGGAGCCCUCGCGCUUCCCACUAGAAUCAGAACCAAAUUCUUGUGACUUCCAAGAAGUAAAUCACGAGGAGUGGAAGCAGGUUGCAGAUAUUCUGUGGAGUGAUCCCAUGCCGCAGGAAGGUUGCAAAGCCAACACGGUCCGGGGAGAGGGCUGCUUCUUUGGGCCCAAUGUGACAGAACAGGUGCUCCAAAGGUACAGCCUUCAGUUUCUGAUCCGGUCCCACGAGUGCAAGCAGGAAGGCUAUGAAUUCUGCCAUAACCGCAAGGUGCUAACCAUCUUCUCUGCUUCUAACUAUUAUGAAGUUGGCAGCAAUCGAGGUGCCUAUGUUAAGCUGGGGCCGGAUCUGAUCCCACACAUUGUACAGUACCAGGCUAACAAGACCACCCACACUCUGACUAUGCAACAGAGCCUCGGUCUGUCUGCCCAUACAGAUUUCAUCACUUUGAACGACUGGUCAGUUGCCAUGGAGUCUGUGCUACACCUGGGCUUGCCCUGGCGGAUGCUCAGGCCACAGCUGGUGACUCACACCACUAAUAACAUGUUAGAAUACAAGUCCUGGCUGAAUGAUUUAGCAAAGGAGCAAGUGAGCCACGAGAACAUUCAGUCCAGCUUGCUAGAAGUGCUCUACAGAAACCGUUCCAACCUGGAGACCAUAUUUCGGAUCAUAGAUAGUGAUCAUUCAGGACUCAUUUCAUUUGAUGAAUUCAGACAGAUUUGGAAGCUCUUCAGUUCUCACAUGAACAUCGACAUAACUGAUGAAAGCAUCUGUGACAUGGCUCGGAGCAUUGACUUCAACAAAGAUGGAAACAUAGACAUCAAUGAGUUCCUUGAGGCUUUCCGCCUGGUUGAACAGUCGUACUUGGAGGACAAAGACUCAGAACUGAAGAGUUCAGAGACUAAUGAAAGCAGCUAUUUCAUCACUUUGAACGACUGGUCAGUUGCCAUGGAGUCUGUGCUACACCUGGGCUUGCCCUGGCGGAUGCUCAGGCCACAGCUGGUGACUCACACCACUAAUAACAUGUUAGAAUACAAGUCCUGGCUGAAUGAUUUAGCAAAGGAGCAAGUGAGCCACGAGAACAUUCAGUCCAGCUUGCUAGAAGUGCUCUACAGAAACCGUUCCAACCUGGAGACCAUAUUUCGGAUCAUAGAUAGUGAUCAUUCAGGACUCAUUUCAUUUGAUGAAUUCAGACAGAUUUGGAAGCUCUUCAGUUCUCACAUGAACAUCGACAUAACUGAUGAAAGCAUCUGUGACAUGGCUCGGAGCAUUGACUUCAACAAAGAUGGAAACAUAGACAUCAAUGAGUUCCUUGAGGCUUUCCGCCUGGUUGAACAGUCGUACUUGGAGGACAAAGACUCAGAACUGAAGAGUUCAGAGACUAAUGAAAGCAGCUGUAGUGGCCAGGGAGUCCACUGACCAUGGAAUCCACCAGUUAAAGUGCCUUAUAGGGUUAGCCAGCCUACUGGGACAUUUCUACUGAUAGAUUACGUACCUCCAACUUCCCACAACCUAUAUUCUCAACAUCACUUUAAGAAAAAGUUCCAGGGUUUGUUGGAAAAUUUGAAGAGCAAAUAGAUGAGGGAAAAGUGUGGAAUUGAAAGAAAGUUUUAUAUAUGUUCC